AAAGCGAGCCAAGUCAAGCCGCGCUUAGCUCAUUUUUAUAAUUAUAUUUGUCUUCCUUUCUGCUUCCCAUUGGAGAGUCGCAAAAAUUCAACAUACUUGGUUGCAUGACCAAGCCAUUUAUUCUCUCGAUCUCCGCCAUUUGGAUUUCCGUUCUUGCUUCCACAUACAAAUAGAUAUUCGGCCGAAACGAUUUCGCGUACCAAACUAGUUUACGAUUUUUUAGCGUUCCUGUCUCCUCUUUCUUAAACUCCAUUCAAUUUCAGAGAUGGGGUUUCUGCAGACCGAAGAGAGCAAACGGAUGGAGAUUGAGGAGCUCCGACGCAUGUUGGUGGCGUGCGCCGGUCUCAAUAGAAGGAAAGACGAUGAAGAGUUCAGAGGGUUGCGUGUUAAAAUGAACAGUGAUGAGGAUGACAACCGCCGUGAUAAGGUGGUUUGUGUCACUAGUGGCGUUUCGUUCUUGAGUUUGGCUAUUGUGAACAAGCUGUUGCUCCGUGGAUACUCUGUUCGAAUCAUUGUUGAUAAUCAAGAAGAUAUAGAGAAACUGAGGGAGAUGGAGAGUUCUGGGGAGAUGAGGACGUAUAACAAUAAUUUGUCAGUAGUGACUGCCAAGCUAACUGAUGUUGAGGAUGUGGUGGAAGCUUUCGAGGGCUGUUGUGGCAUCUUCCACACCUCUGCAUUUGUUGACCCGGUUGGCCUCUCUGGCUACUCUAAAUGUAUGGCUGAGAUAGAAGUGAAGGCCACUGAAAGUGUGAUGAAGGCAUGUGCAAGAACUUCCUCAGUAAGAAAUUGUGUGCUUACAUCCUCACUUUUGGCCUGCAUUUGGCGAGAUGGCACCAAACAAGACCUAUCUAAAGUUGUUAACCAAGACUGCUGGAGUGAUGAAUCACUCUGCAUAAACAAGAAGCUAUGGUAUGCCUUGGGCAAACUAAAGUCAGAGAAGACUGCAUGGCAAAUAGCCGAGGAAGGAGGCUUAAAGUUUGCCACCAUUUGUCCAGGUCUAAUUACAGGUCCCGAUUUUAUUCAAAGAAAUCCCACUGCAACAAUUGCCUAUCUCAAAGGUGCCCAAGAGAUGUACGCAAAUGGGUUGCUGGCAACAGUGGAUGUAAACAGACUGGCUGAGGCUCAUGUAUGUGUAUACGAAGCCAUGAAAAAAACAGGAUUUGGAAGAUAUAUUUGCUUUGAUAAGGUGAUUAAAAGAGAAGAUGAAGCCGAAAAGCUUGAAAGCCAAGUGGGAAUGCCGAAAAACAAGUUAUCUGGUAAUACAAACGUUAUUUCAAUGCCAUUUGAAUUGUCAAAUAAGAAGCUUUCUUCUCUCAUGUCAAGAACGCUUAGACCUUGUUAUAAUCAAUUUUAGAAGAAAAUAUAUUCGCUCAAGCCUGUAGAGCAUUUAAGAUAGAGCAUGUUUUUUCAUUGUUUGCUUGCCCAGUAUGUUUCCCAUUUGCAAUGCCUUAAUAAAUCUUCGUUUUAUACCUCUGAAAA